GAAUAUCAUAGCCACAUAAACACACACUUAACGGGGUUUCGCUGCAUCGCCUCCCCAGCGCCCCACAUCCAGUGCAUUUAUUUAUGAGGAAGAUCCGGCAAGGGAACUAGCGGCCGUGUUCGCCACCGCCACGUCUGUGUUUGCUGCUUGACUGAUUCCCUCACCUUCGUAUUGUCUUCCCAUUGCAGACAAUUUCGUUCGCUGACUUCCCAUCAGAAGCCAGAGAGUUCGUCGAGCACUCCCCCCCCCUCCCCCUUCCCCUGCUCUCUGUCUAUCAACCUCAUCAUGACGGUCGAGGUAAGCCCCGCGCCGGUCUUCCAGACCAAGAAGGAGAUGUACGACUGGCUGGAGAAGCAGACGACCUACCUGGUCGAGGACAUGAGUAAGCGCUUUACGCCUCAGGCGAACCUCGUAAUCGGCCUCAGCAACGUCGCCGCGCUCUGCUUCUACGAGCUGAAUCGCUUCUGCAACCCUGGCGCGGCGCUGGAGGAGUUGAAGGUGAACUGGUUUGGCUUUUACCUUUUCCAGGCACCCGGGCUGCUCGCCUUGGGGCCCUUCCAGGGCCGGCCGGCGUGCACGGAGAUUCGCGUUGGCCGCGGUGUGUGCGGUACCGUGGCGGAGAGCGGGGAGUCGCUCGUCGUGCCAGACGUCCACGAGUUCCCCGGCCACAUCGCGUGCGACGCGGCGUCGGCAGCGGAGGUGGUGGUUCCGGUUUUGAUUGAGAACGGCAGCAUUGUCGGCGUGAUUGACGUGGACAGCACGGAGCUGAGUUUCUUCACGGAGGAGGACAAGGAAGGACUGGAGCGGGUGGCGGCGGUGCUGGUGCGGCACCUUGAGUUCCCCAUGGCGCGUGCCCUCGCCUUGAACCCGUCACUGGGGCUGCCCGGCUACUCCGCACUGGCCGGAGGGGAGAGGGCUCUUCAGCAGCCUAGCGAUGCGCAGGAGGAGCAGAGGACUGCCGAAGCCGCAUCCCCUGCCUCGCCCCCCACCACCACCGUCAUACGCAUUCCGUACUUUAAGGUCGAGGCUCCGGUGCCCGACGUGGCGACGAAGUUCGUGGGCGGCUGGCAGUUCACCACCACCAAACUCGACCGCAUCAUGGCGCAGGAGGAGGAAAAGCAGAUGCAGCAGCUCCUGCAGAUCUCCUCUCUCCCUGAAAUAGCGUUUCGCAACAACACGCUCGCGAUUGGUCCCGAGUCCGACCGUGCGCACCCGUGGUUGCUCUUCGACGUGGAGGGCCUCAUGCGCAGCGCCUCCAGCUACUACCACACCGCGGAGUUUAAGAACGUUGUAGGGCCGCAGCUGAGCAUCCCCGUGUCCGAAGGCUGGCAGACGUCCGAGUACGCGAAGCACGACCCGAAUAUCGACUGGGCGUGGAGGAACAACUUUUUUGGACUCAAGGAGGACCAGGUGCGCCUCGUGCCGCGACCGGCCGACACCCCCGGGAUCAACUGGGACUUGCUCAAGAACAACAUCCCUCCCGAUUCUCUUCUACGGCAGCUUCGACCUGAUCGAGGACGACCUGCACGACCACGGGAUGCUGCACAGCACGGUAAAGUACCGCGUGAUGGACAGCGCCUUCUUCGUGCUCUUCCGUCAUUUCAUCCGCAUCGACAACUCCGCGGCGUGGAUGCGCGAGGUGCGCGUGUUUCACGAGUUCAGUCAGACGAGUUCGACAACGGGUCUGCCGCACGUGGUGCUUCUGGAGCAGCUGCGCCGCGUCCGCAUCGAGGAGCCGACAGAGGUGGACUGGAAGUCGAUGUCGCCGGAUGCCAUUUCUGCCCAAGCCGCUGUUCUGCUCACGCGUGA